AUGCGCCUCCUCAACACAUCUACUCUCGAAUUCUAUGACGUUGUUGGUCGAAUGAAGCCAAAGUAUGCUAUUCUUUCUCAUACAUGGCUGGAAGGGGAAGAAGUCUCCUUCCAAGACUUUACAAAGCCUGAGUCUCUGUUACUUUCAGGAUAUAGAAAAGUUCGCGAAUGUUGCAAUUUGGCGAACUCCGAAGGAUUGCCCUACUGCUGGGCUGAUACAUGCUGCAUCGACAAAACCAGCAGUGCCGAGCUCUCUGAGGCAAUCAACUCAAUGUUUCAUUGGUACAGAAACGCUCGAGUCUGCUUCGUUUACCUAGCGGAUAUUGACCUUCAUUCGGACUUUCCUAAAAGAUUUGCUUCCAGUAGAUGGUUUGAGAGAGGAUGGACGUUACAAGAGCUCCUUGCACCUGACAACGUAACCUUCUAUGACCGAAACUGGAUAGAGAUUGGGAAUAAGCGGAGUCUUGCUGAAAACAUCAGUAAGAUCACCACGAUAGAGAAGCGGUACCUCCUUACAUCUGGCGGAGGCCUUGAUGACGCAAGUGUGGCUGCGAAAAUGUCUUGGGCGGCUGCAAGGACGACAACCAGGGUGAAGGAUGAAGCCUACUGUCUUCUUGGUCUAUUCAAUGUCAAUAUGCCGUUGAUUUACGGCGAGGGUCAGAAAGCAUUCAAGAGAUUACAAGAGGAGAUCAUAAGGUCAGACCCAGAUGAGUCGAUCUUCGCCUGGGAAGAAUUUAGUAUCCAAUCAUCAGACAGAUCCACGCUUUUUCGACCAGGCCCCAAUGAUCGUUGUGACAAGGGAGCGACGUGUGGUAUGCUAGCUGUCUCCCCGAAAGAAUUCGAUCGCUCAGGGGAUAUCGUCAAGAUUGACAUCCCCCAAAUGGCGCGGGAACCUUAUUCCUUGAAUAAUCAGGGACUAGCCAUGCACCUCUAUUGCAAGCUUGUCGACCCUCGUCAGCUGGACUAUCCUCGUCAGCUGGAUUAUGUGCCUGAAGGAGCCUGCAAGCACUAUUAUGAAGCCCCUUUGGCUUGCGCGCGUCGACGAGACCUAAGAGCACCAAUCAAGUUGCUAUUAUCUGUCCAUUCUACGCACAUUUUUCGGUGUGGGAGUCUCUUUUUGGAGGCUUUCGACCGCAAAACUAUAUCGCGUGUUUCCGAUUUUCACCGCCGAAUGUUCCAUAUAAAAUUGCAAACUCCGAGAGUCGUCAGUUUCAAUUUUCAGGAAUAUCCGCUAAAUAGACCGGCACUGGUACGAAAACAAGGCGACGAAAAGGCUUCCUUGGUGAUCGAAAUCGGGUCCCAAGGAAGAACACCUGCAGAAUCUGGAUAUGAAUGGACCGUAAUUAGCUCGUGUAAUCUAGAAAUUCCGUUGAAAAAGGUGGAGAAUGUCUACAAGGCACAAAGUAGCUCAAGAUUUUGUGGUGAACAGGAGGAGCCCGUUACCGUUGUUAAAUUCCUGACUCGAUUAGAAAAUUUUGAGCUGGGUCUUGCAUGGCGGGCGCGUGGUCUUUGGUCCCGACCUACUUCCAAAUUCUCUGACCACAUCAAAACUUUUGAAAUCGACAUCAAACUUACAGAAGGCUCUGAAGAACUCGUUUCUGAGCGAUUAAUCGGACAUGGGGCUCGGUGCUCGGUACAUAUAGGAGAAAGACUUCGCUGUCUAUGGAUCGCACUCUCGCGCGACAACUCUGAAUAUGAUCUUCCCAGGCACUGGAAAGUCCAACUCUAUUUCACUGACAUCGAUCGAUCUCGCAUUCUUAACUAG